AUGCUCUUCUUAAAAACCCUUAAUAGAAUUCACCUUUCUUUGCUAAAUUUUAUUUUUUCUUUACAUUUUAAUUUUCUUGGUAAUAUUGCUCGGCUAUAGCUUACAUAGAAGAAGGCAGUAUGCAAGGUGGCUCUAGUGUGCUGCCAGAUUCCGCCGUAGAACUUGCCACCACCGCGACUAGGGUUGUUUUCAAUGAAGGUAGUGGAGAUAUUGAAGUUGGCGGCCACGGUGGUGGCGGUGGUGGUUCAAAUUCAGGUGAAGAUAGAAUGGUCAUCGUCGAUGAAGCUGACCGGAUGAGCUGCGGCGCUAACCGGUGGCCGAGACAAGAAACUUUGGCCUUAUUGAAGAUAAGGUCCGAUAUGGAUGCAGUAUUUCGUGACUCCAGUCUUAAAGGUCCAUUAUGGGAAGAGGUUUCCAGGAAACUAGCCGAGCUUGGUUAUCAUCGAAAUGCCAAGAAAUGUAAAGAGAAAUUUGAGAAUGUGUAUAAGUACCACAAGCGAACCAAGGAUGGCCGAACGGGAAAAUCCGAAGGCAAAACGUAUCGAUUUUUCGAUCAGUUAGAAGCAUUCGAAAGCACAACUCAAUCACAAUCACCAGCCCCACCACCGCGGCCACAGCCACCGCCAGCGGUACCAUCAAAGCCACAGUCAGUGACAAUGCCACCUCAUCAAAUUGUUAGUACCACUACCACCACAUUGCCAUGGUCUAAUAAUCCUCCUAAUGUCACUACUCAUGCCAGUACUGUUCCAUCAGCAACAACAAAUAGCCAUCAUGUGAAUAUUGUCAUCACCCCAAAUUCGGAUCCUACCAUUAGUCCCAUGCCAUUGUCAUCAUCACAGCCGUUAAAUCCUUCUCAUAAUCAGAAUAUUAUAUUUCCAACUACUUUUCAGAACCUGACUUCGCAUCUUUUUUCGAGCUCCACGUCGUCUUCAACGGCGUCGGACGAAGAAUUGCAUGGGAGUCGGAAGAGAAAGCGGAGAUGGAAAGAUUUCUUCGAGAGACUAACGAAAGAUGUUAUCAAGAAACAAGAAGAUUUGCAAAAGAAAUUCUUGGAAACUGUAGAGAAACGCGAGAAUGAAAGAAUAGCUCGUGAAGAUGCUUGGCGGGUUCAAGAAAUUUCAAGAAUCAAUAAAGAACAUGAAAUCUUGAUCCAAGAACGAACAACUGCGGCGGCUAAAGACGCCGCCGUUAUUGCAUUCUUGCAGAAGAUUUCCGGGCAGCAAAAUGCAGUUUUAACGCUUGAUAUUCCACAACCACCACCACCGCCAGUUCCAGUUCCAGUUCAAGCCCCACCGCCAAUAAUCACUCCAUCACCACCUCAACCACAACCACAACCGCCGGUUCAGGUGGCGCAGCCGAGGAAUCCGCCCACACCAGCACCGUCACUACCGAUAACGAGGUUGGAUAUUCCGAAAAAGGAUAACGGAAUGGAUAAUAUUGAUAAUGCAUUAGCACCAAGCCCGUCAAGAUGGCCAAAAGUUGAAGUUGAAGCUCUAAUUAAGAUAAGAACGAAUCUUGACACAAAGUAUCAAGAAAAUGGACCAAAAGGGCCGUUAUGGGAGGAGAUCUCAGCAGCAAUGCGAAGAAUUGGAUACAAUCGGAGCUCGAAAAGAUGUAAAGAAAAAUGGGAGAAUAUAAACAAGUAUUUCAAGAAAGUUAAAGAAAGUAAUAAGCAGAGGUCUGGGGAUUCAAAAACAUGCCCAUAUUUCCACCAACUCGAUGCUAUAUACAAGGAGAAAGGUAAGAACUAUAACGAAAAUAGUAAUUCAGUCACUCCUGUUCAUGUUAGUUCAGCGACAACGAUGACAACGGAGCCUUUAAUGGUACGUCCAGAACAGCAAUGGCCGCCCCUACAAGGAAGCCUACAGCAUGCUGAAGUCAUUAAUGGAAGGCAGAUUAUGAAUCAAAACAUUCAAUUAGACGAUGAAGACGACGACGACGAGGACGAUGAAGGCGAUACUGAGGAAGAAGAUGAAGGUGGUGGAUGUUUUCAAGUCGUAGCAAGUAAACCACCACCAACUUCACUCGGCAUUAAUGGUGACUGACUGAGUCAUCUGAUCGAGUUAGCAAUUCAAGAAUCCAAAACAUGAAUAUGUUUUUACCGCGCAAGACAUGCAAAAAGGAAGACGAAGCUUUUCUUAAAAUAUGUUUUACUGGCGGAUCAUCGAUCGAUUGAGGACAAAACGAGUGGAUGAAGAUGUGCACGAUGGAAAAUACAGGUUUUUUCUGUCUAACUCGGUAUGAAUGACAGUUGUUUCUUCUUUAAUUUAUGCCCAUACACACAUGGGUUCCAUUCUAUAGUGGGGUUGAUGAGCAUUUGUUUUUUAUUUUUUUGUGAAGAAAGAAAUAUUUGUUAAUUAAUUUUGUUACACACUGCAUAAACAAAUAGAAUAAAUUAUUGUUUGUAAUUUAGUUUGUGUCCAUUAGGGGAUAUUUCACACAAGAAAAAUAAACAAAUUAGUGCUGUAUCUUUCUUUGUGUUUAUUGGGUGUAAAUGAGAGAAUUGGGUUUAGUGUUCGUCUUUA